CAGGUUUGGCCUGUCCCCUGAGCCAGGCCUGGGAGGGAGACAGGCUGGGCUCCUGAGGCUUGCCGAGUAUUGCCCCUCGUUCUGUGGGAGAGAGGCUGACCCCCCUAAGCCAUCUAGGGGAAGACAAGCCCCUGGGGAAGGCUGGGGGUUCUGGGUAAGGGAGGUGGGACCCCAGGACCCCAUCCCACCAUCUCUGACCUCUCUGGCUACCUAGUUCCUGACCCCAGCUUCUCAACUCCCCAGGACCGAGGGCCUGCACCUGCCCACUCCUCUUUCAGCAUCUCCCUCCUUCUGGGCCCACCUCCCAGCCCUAAGGAGCCCCCCAGACAGAAAGGUGGACGGAAGCCAUGUGGGCAGCCCAAGAGACACACAGAGGCCCCUGGUUGUUGGGGCUGACUGCUACAGACAGGCCCUUCGGGGUCCUAGCCCCUCAUCAGCCUUUGGAGGAAUCGCCGAUGGCUCCCGCUGUCCAGGGUGUCCCUUCUGGGCUCUUACUUUAUCCUUUGGUCCCCUUUUAUUACCAAGGGCCCUUCUGCCCCCCCCCCCCCACACCAGUGCACAGAUCCUGGGGCAUUAGUGACAGGGUGUCAAUGGCCGUGAUUGCUUGUACAGAAGACGGAGAGGCUGAUCACGCCAUGCUCCCUCUGCUCUCCCAGCCCUGGGAGGGAUGAAAUGGGAAAGUUCUGGCCUCUCUGGAGGAGGUCUUGUCAUCCAGCUCACUCUAGGGUGGGAGUACAGGUGAGGGUCUCUGGCUUCCACCCAGCCCUGAGCCUCAGGUGCAUUUUGAGGAGAAAGGGGUGGGCUGGUAGCUGGUGCCAGACUCUCCUUCCCAGCCACUGAGGGAGAUCGGCCUGUGGCGGUCGUCUGCCUGGUGCCAGGCUGUUUUAUGGGAUCCUCCAUCCCAUCGCCCAGGGUUAGCCCUACUUAUGGAUAAGGAAAGAUGGCUCAUGAGGUUACACAGGCCCGCCUGGAGGCCUAAGGAGCAAGCUCUGGGGCCAGCAUGGCCCCAGACUGCCUGGACCCCAGCCCGGCUCCUUGGCUAAGCCUGGCUGCCGGGUGACUCAGACCCACAGAGUCUGUUGCAAGGGUGAGGGCCAGGGCGGGUGCCAGCAGGUAUAAGGCAGCCGGCCAGGGUGCCCAGAGCCCCACCUCGCCAGGAGAACAUGCAGCUGCACCAGGGGCUCCUGCUGGCCGCCGUCCUGAGCCUGCCACUGGCUCAAGCCAUGUGGUGUCACCAGUGCCAGGGCUUCGGAGGGUGCUCCCGUGCGUUCAGAUGCCCCAGGGACUCCACCCACUGCACCACUAUUGCCACCCCGGGCCCGAAAAACCCCUGGGACUUGCCUCUGGUCACCAAGUCGUGCCGCAGGGGCUGCCCCGACAUCCAGAGCCUGGGCCUGGGCCCCUACGUGUCCAUUGCUUGCUGCCAGGCCAACCUCUGCAACCGGUACUGACGGCCGCCCUCCUCCAGGACCCUGGACACUCAGCCCCACGGCCCCACCCCCGGCCUGGCGCUCAGGGCCGCCUCCCUCGAGCCUGGCCAGACCACACCUCCCGGACUCUGCAAUCACCAUCCAGCACCAUUGUCCUCGGGAAGUCCUUCAUGGAGUCCUGCCUAAAUCUGCUGCUGUCCGAGCCGGGGGCCCUUCGUACUUGCCAUCCCUCCCAGUCCUGGCCUCCCCCCAAUAAAAUGUGAUUGCAUCACUUUA